AUGAAGCUCACCAUCUCAAAACCUCCAGGCUAUGUCCUGUCAGCCAUUGCAAUCUCGCUUGGUGGCUUUUUGAAUGGCUAUGACACAGGCAGUAUCGGCGCUGUGACCGAGAUGGAAUACUUCACAUCGGUUAUUGGUGAACUCUCGCCCUUCCUCCGUGGAUUUACUGUCUCAUUGAUCAUGCUCACGGGUGCCUUUCCAUCCUUCUUCGCUGGACAACUCGCCGAUCGUUUCGGGAGGUUGGCAAUUGUUGCAGCAGGCGCUCUAGUCUUUACAAUCGGGGCUGCUCUAGAGGGAGCCGCAAGCAAACUUGGCAUAUUCCUUGCUGGUCGAGCACUCUGUGGUGUAGGCGAAGGUCUCUGGCUGAGUAAUGUCAGCGUGUAUAUUACUGAGAUUGCUCCAUCGGCUCGAAGAGGUAUGCUGGUCUCGAUGCCGCAGCUCAUGGCUUGUGCAGGGAUCUGUGCUGGCUACUUUACCUGUUAUGGAAGCGUUCGAAUUGAAUCAAGCUUCUCUUGGAGAGCUCCCUACAUCAUUCAAGCCAUCCUUGGACUCAUCUUGACCAUCAUGCCAUUUGUAUUGCCUCAAUCCCCUCGCUGGCUUCUUGUGCAUGGUCAACGUGAUAAAGCCAUUCAAGAACUCAAACGACUCGACUUUAGUGCCGUCGAGGCUGAGAAAGACUUGCUUGGUCCUGCUGCCGAACAACGGAUGGCGGUACGACAACCAGGUGCAGUUGAGGGGUUGACUAUGCUCUUCCGCCAGCCGUAUCGCAGACCUGCCUUAGUCGCUCUUUAUGUCCUUGGUGUAAUUCAGCUGAGCGGGAUUGAUGGUGUACUAUACUACGCCCCAACUCUAUUCUCCCAGGCAGGUAUCAACGCGGCGACCAGCUCAUUCCUGGCAUCCGGCCUCUCAGCAAUCCUCAUCCUUGCCAUCAGCGUUCCCGCUCUUCUCCUCGCAGACAAAGUCUCCCGCCGCAGCAGUAUCAUCGUAGGCGGCUGCAUCCUAACCUUCUGCAUGUUCACAAUCGGCUCUCUCUACGCCUCCAACUCCGUCACACCACAAAACCCUGCUCGCUGGCUUGUCAUCAUCCUAGUCUUUGUGUUCGGUCUGGCAUACUCCGCAACCUGGGGUAUAGUCGGCAAGAUCUACGCGUCUGAGAUCCAGCCAGCAGCUACGAGAUCUGCAGCAAGUGCUGUUGCCCAAGGGUUGGGUUUCUUUACCAACUGGAUUGUUGCUAUUAUAACGCCUGUAUUGCUUUCAAAGUCCAGCUACGGAGCUUACUUUUUGUUUGGAGGGAUUUGCUUUGCUAGUGUUUUGGUAUUGAUGUUUAGUAUGCCGGAGACUAGAGGGCUUAGUCUUGAAGCUAUUCAAGAGGCCUUUUUGGCUCCUGGUACUGCGCAGAGAGGGAGGGUGGUCAGUAUGCUUAGGAGGUGGGCUGGUCUUGGUGCCUCUGAAAGUUCGGCUGGGAGCUCGCAGGCAAGCGAGUCGGCUAUCGAACUGAGGGAUGUGGGUGGCUUGUUGAACCAGGACACUGCUGCUAGUGGUGCAGAAGCAGCGUCUCUUGGUAGUGGCAGUGACAGAGUCGUUGAAGCUUAA